GUGCCCCGCCCCACACCUUUUUCCCGUUUCCUCUCUCGCUCGCUCGCCUGCUUUUUCCCGAUGAGAUCUUUGCUCCGGUUGGCUUCUUUAAGACCACUGCGCGCGUCCUCCACAAUCCGCUGCUGGCUUUUCAUCCUGUUUUUCCUCCCCUCCAGACCAAAGCGAGAUUCUUGCGAGAGCCUGUGAGGUAUAGUCUGGUAGUGUGAUUUGGUAAAGGGGCCGGGAUUGUCUCUUGUCUUGGAUAGUUGGAUUGGAUUGCUACCUGCAACGCAUCUUUUUUUGACCUCGUUGCUUUCCUCCUCUUCGUCUACCUUGCUAUGGCCUAUGGCUAGCCAGUAGCUAGCUCUCUGUGAUGUGUGUAGUAGUAUUUCUGCUCAGUCCUAGCUAGCCUUGAUUAGCUAGCUUGAUAGAUCAGUGGCGAUAGGAGUGACUAAUCAACUGGGUGCCGUCUGUUCUUGUUUUUUGGAAAGAUUUGGUCGUCCGAGCUAGUUGCUUUGCGCAAAUUGUUCCAUCGAGCUGGGUGGACCUUUUGGUGGUGUGUAACUCGGGAGGAUGGCGCACGAUCCCAGCCUGGGCUUCGCGGACUACUUCUCGGCGGCGGACGCGGCGGCGGCGUCGCUCAUGCCGCAGAUGGAUGAGGGCGCGCCGGAGCUGUAUGGCCUGCAGUCCGGGAUGGAGCUGCUCGGCAUGCGCGGCCUGCACGCCGCCGCGAUGUCCGGCGCGACGUCCGUCUCUGCGGAUGUUCACUGCGACGGGGGAGGAGACGGCCACGAUGGCUCCACCAUGCGCUUCUUCCUCGAGCAGCAGCAGCAGCAGCAUCAUCAACAUCACCAUCCGAGUCAGGCGCCGCUGUCCCUGUCGCUGUGCCGGCCGGAGCAAGUCGCGCAGCUGCACCAUCACCAUCUCGGCGGCUCGUCUCAGCAGCAGCAGCAGCAGCACGAGGCGUCCGCGGCGUCGUGGAUGCUGCCGCACGAGCACGAGGCGGCGACGUACGCGCACGGGCACGGCGCGGCGUGGCCGUUGCGCAGCUCCCGGUUCCUCCUCCCGGCGCAGCAGCUCCUGCAGGGCUACUGCAGCCUCCCGGUCGACAUCACGCCCAAGCGCGCCAAGCAGCCCCCGCAGCAGCAGCAGCAGCAGCAAGACGAGGCCGGCGGCGGCGAGGUGUCGUCGUCGUCGACGUCGGGCUGGACCCCGUCGGCGCAGAUCCAGGCCAUGGAGGCGCUGGAGCUCAAGCGGCUCAAGGACAGGCUCUACGUCAUGCUGGAGGAGGUGGACCGGAGGUACAGGAGGUACUGCGAGCAGAUGAGAGGGCUGGCGGGCGGGUUCGAGGCGGUGGCGGGGGAGCGGGCGGCAUCGGGGUACACGGCGGUGGCGGCGCGGACCAUCUCGCGGCACUUCCGGAGCCUUAGGGACGGGAUCGUAGCGCAACUGCAGGCGGUGCGAAAGGCGCUCGGGGAGAAGGACGUGGCGCCGCCGGGGAUGACAAGGGGGGACACGCCGCGGCUCAAGGUGCUGGACCAGUGCAUCCGGCAGCAGAAGGCGAUGCACCAGAACGGUGGCAUGAUGAUGGACAGCCACCCUUGGCGGCCGCAGCGCGGCCUGCCCGAGCGCGCGGUCACCAUCCUCCGGGCAUGGCUCUUCGAGCACUUCCUCAACCCGUAUCCGAGCGACGUGGACAAGCACAUCCUGGCUCGCCAGACGGGCCUCUCACGGAGCCAGGUGUCCAACUGGUUCAUCAACGCGCGGGUGCGGCUGUGGAAGCCCAUGGUGGAGGAGAUGUACGUGGAGGAGAUGAAGGGCGAGCAGCAGGACGAUGGCGGCCUGAUAAACCCUAACAACCCUAACAGCAGCGGCAGCCACGCCUCCGACGCGCAGGGGCAGCAGGGGGCGGCCGCGGCCGACGAAGGCGAGCGCGUCGGGGCAGACGACCGGAAGCCGACGCGGGCGCAGCUGCACGUCGGCCACGACGCCGGCUCGCUCGCCUCCGUCGUCAACAUCGCCGGCGUUCCCGCGCGGAUGGAGAGCUUCGGCGUCAUGGACGCCGCCCACCACCUCGACUUCGACGCGUACGGCGGGCAGGGCCAGGGAGGAUUCGGAGGCGGCGCUGGCGGCGUGUCGCUCACGCUCGGGCUGCAGCAGCACGACACGCACGGCGGCGUCGGCGGUGUGAACAUCGCGUUCGGCGCGCCGUCGUCCGCGCAGCACGGCGCGGGCGGGUUCCUGUUCCCGGGCGAGCAGAUGGACGGCGUGGGCUUGCAUCCGUCCGGCGGCCACGGCCAGAACAUCCAGUUCGGCAUGGACGGCGCCGCCGAGGGGUCGUCCCACGGCGUGCAGGACCAGCACUACCGGGCGAUGAGCGCAGGGUUUCACCUGCUCCGUGACCUCGCCGGGUGAUCUGCCGGUCGUCUGCGCGCGACGGCCCGGUGGCAAGCGCUGGUUGCACGGAUGCCAUCCACGGCGAGGAGACCAACAGCCGUGCCGCAACGGCGCCGGCAGGGGGGGUGGACCUGUACCAGUUUACCUGCACACGCACGCUUCUGCAUGCGCGACAUUGCUUUCCCCUAAGCUUUUGGUGGUCUUUUUUGCUGCCUGAUACGUACGCAGCUCUCCUCACGGUCGAUCGGGGCAAGACACGUACGGCUGCCGUCCCCGGCCUAGGGUGACCCUGCUGGAAUGGUAUGUUGCACAUUAAUUAGAGUACUGUGCACCAGCGGGGGCGGUGAGUACGUACGUAGCCGGCCGGUGCUACUGAUCGUACGCGUAGUUUGGAAGCGGCCGGCCGGGCAGGUGACAUGUCGAUGUAUCGAUCGGCCGGCCAGCGGAUGAUUGUGUAGGGGACCGGAGACUCGCAGCUUAUUAUUUGUAGGUCGAUUGAUCAAAUUGGUGGAUGAUUGGCCCGAGAUUGAUUGGUUAUAUAUGCUUAGAGAUCUCUUGUGCUUA